ACAGCGAGUUUGCCUUGUUUUAUAAAGGGAAGACAUUGGAUGCUGCACACUGAGAGGGCACGGCACGUCACUUCACAUUGAACAAUGGCGACGUCCAUGAUGGAGACGUUUAAAGGGUUUCUAUUGACGUAUUUUAUGCCGGAAAAAUGUUUUGAUGAGUUUUUUCUCAACUUAAAUUUUUUAGAUGUGCCAUGUCUGAAGAUUGUCGUAAGCAAAGCUCUUGGAAUUGGGAUCAUACUGGGGUCUGUAAUGGUUAAGUUGCCACAGGUCUUCAAGCUGAUGGGGGCAAAGAGUGCUGAGGGCCUAAGCUUCAACUCCAUCUUAUUGGAGCUGUUUGCCAUCACUGGUACCAUGGCCUACAGUAUUUCCCACAACUUCCCCUUCAGUGCAUGGGGUGAAGCCCUGUUCCUCAUGCUUCAGACUGUGGUUAUUGGUUUCCUCAUACAACACUACCGGGGAAACACUAUCACAGGAGUGGGAUUCAUAGUGCUGUACUUCGCUGUUGUAUGUGUCGUUUUGUCCCCGGUGACUCCCCUGUUGGUCAUUACCAUGAUGCAGACUUCUAACAUGCCUGCAGUAAUUGUGGGUCGGCUCAUUCAGGCUGGAACCAACUUCAGCAAUGGCCACACUGGCCAGCUCUCUGCCAUCUCCGUCUUCCUGCUGUUUGCUGGUUCUUUGGCUCGCAUCUUCACCUCUGUGCAGGAGACCGGAGACUCCCUGAUGGCCCUGACCUAUGUCAUCUCUUCCUGCUGUAACGGCCUUAUUGCUGCUCAGGUUCUUUACUACUGGAAUUGUGACCCCAGCCUCAAAAAGAAGCAGGAGUAGUCUAGCCAAAGUGACUCAUGCACUCAUAAACACAUUCAAACAGUCCACACACUUAGUUUUCAACUUCCAGGCCCAGGACCAAACUGAUACCUUCUGCUCUUAACAAAGACCACCCCUCACUGUAAGGGCUCUUGACCAUGGGAUCACCACAGCUAUCUCUGCAUAAAAUAAUUCAUCAAUACAUUUUCUUUAUCCAAUCACACCUCAAACAAUGUAAAUGUCAGUCUUUAUGACACCAAGUAGUUAUUGAUUCAAAAUGCGCAAAUGAAUAAACAGGCUGGGCCUUUUUAUUUUAAAAUAUUUUAUUCCUAAACAAUGCCUUGCAGUGAUUUAAAUAUCCCAAUACAUAGCAAUUUGAGUCAUUCCAGCGCUUAUGUAGAAACCAGCUAGUGUAUUGAGUGGUCCAACAAGUUUGAAAUGUUUUGGGUGUAUUAUUUCCGUGGAACUGUCUCUGAAAGGUAUAAUUAACAAGGGCAUGAUUAUAAUUAUUCUUUUUCUGAAUUCGAUACGGUUUGAGAUUUUUGGAAGGGGGUUUAAGAACGCAAAGCUUUAUUUCAGGGGCAGCACUUUGCACACACAGACGACUGAAGUUGUUUAUCCAGCGAUCCAGUGAGAUCUAGGACAGUGGUUCCCAAACCUCUCCUCGGUGCCCCCAGCCAGAUCAAGGCAUUAGAUGUGUUCCAGUGUUCUAGAACAUUUCCCUAUACAAGGGGUGUCCAAUCUUAUCCAAAACGUGUUGGUGUGGGUGCAGCUUUUUGUUUGAGCCCAGGACAGACACCUGAUUCUACUUAUUCUGCUUAUUGCCUUGAUUGAAGACCAUGACUGUACCCAAAACAUAGAGUGAGCAGCUUUUUAUCAGGCAGCCAUUUUAUGAAACUUCCACAGUACCAGUGGAAAAUAGUAUUGAGGAUAUGUCAGACAGUCAGCUGUAUGUUUAGUAGACUACAUAUUUUGAAGACACCGUAAUUAGGAGGCUAUUUCAGAUACGGCCACACUCAACAAAACCCUGAAAAUACAUCCUCUGGGGAUUUUAAGUACACUGCAUUUUGAGAACAUUUUGCCCUGUGUAACUUCCUCAUCCAGUGUACUCCAUGUAUAUACUCAGUAGGCCACUAAGCUGUUUGACACAGCCUAUGAGCAGUUGAUUCAGGUGUAGUAGUACUGGGCCAUAACAAAAACAUGCACCUACACCACCCCUUUUUGGCUAAUAUUGGACACCCCUGCCUUAUACCCAGCUGUAAAAAUGGUUUGCAUACAAAAAAAAUUGAAUUACUUUUUCAGUCCAUUUUACUUUGCUGAAGCUGAUAUUUUACCAUCUUACAUGGGUUCAAUAAAUGUUUUCAUCAAAAACAUUUUAGGGUGGUACGAUGGGUAGGGCAUUCUAGGGCAUAACUGUAUUAUGGGUAAUGUUUGUACAGCAUGGAGUCUCUUUGCCUAGGGAAGCUCAUGGAUUGUGAAGCAUUGAAGUUUUUGAUAAUUUAAGAAAAUUAAAAUAGUUAUUGUUUAGUAUGGCAGUACCUACUGUGAAUAUGGAGUCCCAUUCAUUCAGCAGGGUAAAGUAAGUGCUGUACAUUUAUUUUUUAUUGUACCAAUGAAAUAAAACGGGUGUGCUUUGAA